AUGCGUCCCUUUGCGGCGCCUCCUAAAACACCCUCUAUACCCCUCUCCCCCGUCACGCAGACUUGGGAGUUUGAUCCAGCAGCAGGGACGGAGGAGGAGAGGCGUGAGGUGGAGAGGCUGAGGGAGGAGUUCACGCGGAAUAGGCAGGAGCAAAAGCACAGCAGCGAUGCGCUCAUGAGGUUACAGUCGGACUCCCCCUCACGCCCACUGCUGAUGCUGCAGACAAUGCUGCGGCUCACAGGAGGCAAGCCCCCGGCCAAUCAGCCUCUCCCUGUGCGAGUAACCGAGGAGCCCGUGUCGACAGCCACAGCCGUGGACGAGGCAGCGCUCACAGGAGGCAAGCCGCCCGCCAAUCAGCCCCCUCAAGUGCGGGUAACCGAGGAGCCCGUGUCGACAGCAACAGUCGUGGAUGAGGCGGCAGUGGAUGUGACUCUAAGGAGGGCUGUGCGCUUUUAUGAGACGAUUCAGGCGGAGGACGGGCACUGGGCAGGGGACUAUGGCGGCCCUCUUUUCCUCAUGCCGGGUCUGCUGAUCACGCUGCAUGUGACGGGCGCCCUGGACCAGCUGAUCACGCUGCAUGUGACGGGCGCCCUGGACCAGGUGCUGACAGCAGAGCACAAGAGGGAGAUGGUGCGGUACCUCUACAACCACCAGAACCCCGACGGCGGGUGGGGGCUGCACAUAGAGGGCCACAGCACCAUGUUCGGAUCAACCCUCAACUACAUCUCCCUGCGCAUCCUCGGCCAGCACCCCGCCAAUCCCGCCAUGACAGCUGGCCGCGAGUGGAUCCUCUCGCACGGCAGCGCCACUGCCAGCACCUCCUGGGGCAAAUUCUGGCUCUGCGUGAGUGCAGUGAGGGAGGGAGGGAGGGAGGGAGGGAGGGAGGGAGGGAGGGAGGGAGGGAGGGAGGGAGGGAGGGAGGGAGGGAGGGACUAUGUAUUUCAUUACCAUCUGCAUUCUGCUGCCACGCUGGUGCCACUGCCAGCACCUCCUGGGGCGAAUUUUGGCUCUGCUCCCCUCCCCGCCCCCCUCAUGCAUCCUCCAAUGCUGCGAUGGGCAGGUGCUAGGCGUGUGCUAGGCGUGUACGACUACAGAGGCAUCAACCCCAUGCCUCCUGAGAUGUGGCUGCUGCCCUACUUCCUCCCCAUGCACCCUGGUAUGGCGUAUGUGGUGCCACUGCCGCAUGGUGUACCUGCCCAUGUGCUACAUCUACGGCUUGAGCGCCCCCCUCUCUACUUCUCCCCAUUCCUCUCCAUCCUUCUGCAUCUCUUUCCAUCCCUCGCCAUCCCUCUCCAUCGUUCUCCACUCCCCUACGCAGGCCGUAUGUGGUGCCACUGUCGCAUGGUCUACCUCCCCAUGUGCUACAUCUACGGAUUGAGAGCUCACGGCCCCACCGACACGCCCCUUGUUGCGGCUCUUAGAGAGGAGCUCUAUAACGAGCCGCACGAGUCCAUCAACUGGAACAACAUGAGGCGCCGAUGCCUAUUCAUGUGUUCCCCUUUUUGCUCAUCCCACUUCCCUCCCCACACCGGUGUACUUGAAGCUGCUUCUAAAAAGCCUGCUACCAUUUCUCCCCUUCUCCCCGGCUCCCCCGUCCCACAGGAGGUCCUCUAUUUCCCGCACCUCUUCAUCCAAGACUGCCUGUGGAAUGCAAUGCACUUACCACCUACCAUGCCACCUUCUUGCAUUCCCUAUGAGUCUAUCUAUGCCUCCCCUCAUCCCCUCCCCUCCUCCUCCCCCGUCUCACAGGAGGACCUCUACUUCCCGCAUCCCUUCAUGCAGGACUGCCUGUGGGAUGCCCUUUACCACGUGGAGGACCUCUACUUCCCGCAUCCCUUCAUUCAGGACUGCCUGUGGGACGCCCUAUACCACGUGGCCGAGCCGCUCUUCAAUAAGCUGCCACCGGGGAAGCUUGUCAUCAACAUUCUGUGCUGUUGGGUGGACGAUCCCACCAGUGCGGCAUUCGGCAAGCGGCCUGACGAGUUCAGCCCUCCCCUGCCCCUUUGCCUCUCCUGCCUCUCCUCCCCUCCCUCCCCCCCAUGGCAGGUGAUCAACAUGCUGUGCUGCUGGGUGGAGGAUCCCAACAGCGAGGCGUUCAAGAAGCACCUGCCACGCGUGGCGGACUACCUCUGGCUGGCCGAGGACGGCAUGAAGAUGCAGGGGUACAACGGAAGCCAGCUGUGGGACACGGCCUUUGCAGUGCAGGCGCUGCACGCCACCCACAUGAUGGAUGAGACCCACCGCGCCCUCAACCUCGCUCACUCCUACCUUGAACGCUCCCAAGUGCAGGAGGACUGUCCCGGCAAGCUGUCGGCAUGGUACCGCCACAUCUCCAGGGGCGCCUGGCCCUUCUCAACCCGAGACCACGGCUGGCCCAUCAGUGACUGCUCGUCCGAAGGGCUCAAGGCAUCGCUCAUCUUGGAGGCCCUCCCUUCCCACCUGGUGGGUGAGGAAGGAAUGUGGGGAUCACACCUAAAACCUAUAUCUCUCUCCCUGUUCCUCCUCACCUCCCACCUCCUCACCUCCUCACCUCCCACCUCCUCACCUCCUCACCUCCCACCUCCUCACCUCCUCACCUCCCACCUCCUCACCUCCUCACCUCCCACCUCCUCACCUCCCACCUCCCACCUCCCACCUCUCUCUCACCAUCAGGCAUCGCUCAUCUUGGAGGCCCUCCCGCCCCACCUGGUGGGCGAGGCCAUUCCCGAGCGCCGCCUCUGCGACUGUGUGGACGUCAUUCUCUCCUACCAGGUCAGUGAUGACGUCAUUCUCUCCUACCAGGUCAGUGAUGACGUCAUUCUCUCCUACCAGGUCAGUGAUGACGUCAUUCUCUCCUACCAGGUAAGUGAUGACGUCAUUCUCUCCUACCAGGUCAGUGAUGACGUCAUUCUCUCCUACCAGGUCAGUGGUGACGUCAUUCUCUCCUACCAGGUCAGUGAUGACGUCAUCCUCUCCUACCAGGUCAGUGGUGACGUCAUUCUCUACUACAAGGUCAGUGAUGACGUCAUUCUCUCCUACCAGGUCAAUGGUGACGUCAUCCUCUCCUACCAGAACAAGGAUGGGGGGAUGGCCACGUAUGAGAACACACGCUCCUACCCCUGGCUUGAGGCCCUUACAGCGUUCACAAGAGCGCACCCGGAGUACCGGGCAGAUGACAUCGAGCAGGCCAUCUGGAAGGCACGCGGCUUCCUGGUGGAUAUCCAGAGGGACGAUGGCUCGUGGUACGGCAGCUGGGGCGUGUGCUUCACGUACGGCACGUGGUUCGGGAUCUCAGGGCUGGUGGCAGCGGGGGCGCGCUAUGAGACGUCGAAUGCCGUCCGCAAGGCCGUACGCUUCCUGCUGGAGAAGCAGCUACCGGCAGGGGGAUGGGGGGAGAGCUACUUGUCGAGCCAAGACAAGAAAUACAUCAACCUGCCAGGCGACCGCCCGCACCUGGUGAACACGGCGUGGGCCAUGCUGGCCCUCAUGGAAGCCGAGCAGCACCUGCGCGACCCUCGGCCUUUGCACGCUGCAGCGCGGGUGCUGAUGAAUGGGCAGAUGGAGAACGGGGACUUCCCCCAGGAGGUGAGCGAGAGGAGAGGGGGUGGGGGGCACUCUGAUACAAGCACGCUGCCCUCUGGAUGCCGCAGCGCGGGUGCUGGUGAACGGGCAGAUGGAGAAUGGCGACUUUCCCCAGUAGGUGUGUGCGCGCGCUGGGUGCUAAGGGUGAGAAGCGAGGACAGGGGGGUGGGGAGGGGAGCCCUCUGA